AUGAAAACCCAACUCUCCCUGACGAUUUCACCUUCAUCGAGAAGUCCAUUCUCCGGCAAGGAGUUUCCCGAGCCGACCCCGAGUUUCGAGUUGGCUGCGAAUGAUUCCGAGGUCGACCUUCCAGAUCACAAUGUUUACGCAUAUCAGGCUGGUGGCAAUAGUGAAGGGUGUUUGAAAGAGCAACUCUUGGAUAGCAGUGCGCCUAUCUACGAGUGCCACGAAGCCUGUGCUUGUGAUAAGAAUUGCGAUAAUCGUAUUGUUGCAAGGGGAAGACGCGUACCGUUACAAGUUUUCCGCACAGAAAGCCGUGGUUGGGGUGUUCGAAGCAAGGUUCCAAUCAAAGCCGGUGCAUUCAUAGAUUGCUAUAUCGGCGAGAUAAUCACUGCUAAAGAAGCUCUCACACGUCGCGACAAUGCAAUCAUCAGCAAGAGAAAAGAUCUCUACCUUUUCGACCUCGACAAGUUCACCGACCAAAACAGUCUCAACGAAACCUUACGUGGCGAUCCAUAUGUCAUUGAUGGCGAAUUCUACUCGGGACCUAGCCGAUUUUUCAAUCACUCCUGCGAACCAAAUAUGAGAAUCUUUGCACGUGUUGGGGAUUACUCUGAGAAGAACCUUCAUGACUUGGCUUUCUUCGCCCUUGAGGAUAUUCGACCGAUGACGGAGCUUACUUUUGACUAUGUUGAUGGAAUUGAUAAUGGAGAGGAAGGAAGCGAAAGAUGUUUGUGUGGAGCUAAAUCGUGUAGAGGAUGGCUUUGGUAA